ACCCCUUCAAAAAUCCUUCCUUUUUCCUCUCUUGUGUGAAAAACAGACUCAGAAGAGAGACUUUAGGUUACUGUUCUUGGUGGGUUUCUCCCUGAAGAAACGUAUUCCUAAUCCAUUGUCUACUGAUUCAAAAACCCAGAACAGGUUGAAAAUAUACAGAAGCAACCCCUGUUUAUCCUUUCUUCAGAUUCCCAGUUUCUAGAAUCGCCAUAAAUAGAUAUCCCGGAUCUUCUUUUUCAACAUUGGUUCCAUUUUGAGGGAACCCAGAUAAAUUUCAUCCUUAAUUCUGUUCGAUUUCGGCUAAAGUUAUGGCCUUGAUGGGGGUUUUGUUCCUGUUUUUCCUGUUUUCUGUUGGGUUGUGUAAUGAGGGUUUUGACUCUCACCUUUUACCGAGACCGUUGAUCCUUGAAUACCCAGAACAUGGUGAGACACGGUUCGGGAAAUUUGAUGAGGAGCUACUGUUACAUUGUACGAGUUGGAGGUUUGCGGUGGAGGCCAACAAUUUGAAUCCAUGGAAGACGAUUCCACCGGAAUGUGCGGAGUAUGUGAGGGAUUAUAUGAUGGGUCGAGGUUACAGAGUGGAUCUGGAGACGGUUUCGGAUGAGGCUGGGGUUUUUGCGAAGGGUGUGGAGUUGAGUGGGGAUGGGAAAGAUGUGUGGAUUUUUGAUGUGGAUGAGACCCUGUUGUCCAAUCUCCCCUAUUAUACAGAGCAUGGAUAUGGAUUGGAGAUAUUUGAUCACAAGGAGUUUGAUAAGUGGGUUGAGAAGGGAAUGGCACCAGCAGUACAGCCCAGCUUGAAACUUUAUGAGAAGGUUUUAGAUUUGGGUUUUAAGGUUUUCUUACUGACAGGACGGAGUGAAAAGCAUAGGUCUGUUACGAUUGAAAAUCUGAGCAAAGCUGGGUUUCAGAAUUGGGACAAGCUUAUUUUGAGAGCUUCUGAAGACCAUGGCAAGCUGGCAGUGAUAUUUAAGUCAGAAAAGAGAGGCGAGAUGCUAAACGAGGGCUAUAGGAUUCUUGGAAAUUCUGGUGAUCAGUGGAGUGAUUUGUUAGGCUCCUUUCCAUCCACUCGCUCUUUCAAGCUUCCAAAUCCUAUGUACUAUAUUCCCUAAUUGCCCACCAUUCUUCAUACAUUUAGUCUAAACAAUAACCAGUGCCCUUUACAUGAUUAUUCUCUUGCAUAUUGUAAAUGAAUAAAAAAAGGAUCUUUUAAACAUCAUGUUUGUGAUGCUUUCCUCAAAUUGGUAUCUUUCCUCUUUGAUUUUUAAUUCUGUAGCUCAUGAACUGUGAGCCAUAUGAAGCAUUUUCUAAAGAAACUAUGGCAAGAUGAGGAAGUAGAACUAGCUGAGAAGAGACAUUAGAAGUUUAUCAUAUGUUGGGGAAGAUGAAUUAAGAUUUCUGUCAAAU